CUACAUUCAUUUUGACUAACCCCCUUACGUCAUAUCCGGUGGAUGAGGUCAAUUUUUCUCCCAGCUCCGCCAUUUCAGUUUUUUUGAAGUUUCUGUUAGAACUUCAGAGAUUGUAUUUUAAAUACCCGAGACAUAUACAUUUAGUCUUUGGUUUGUUAUUUUCUCCUCUGUGUAACGUCAAAUAUUUUAUUUGACAGGAGAUCCUGCGAAUUAAGUUUUAAGAAACGGCGGUGUGGAUGUCGUGCAUUUUCUGAGCGUGUUCCACAAGGAGCCAAAGUUUUUUGUAUGAGUUGAAUCCUGGUUGCGGAUAGGGAGAGGCGAAGGAAGGCCUUGAAGCCUUGGUGUUGGAGUGGCAGCCAUGGCCGGUAAUUUUGACGCCGAGGACCGCGGGAGUUGGUACUGGGGGAGACUAAGCCGCCAGGAAGCGGUCUCCCUUCUCCAGGGACAGAGACACGGCGUAUUCUUGGUCAGGGACUCGAUCACUUGCCCUGGCGACUAUGUAUUGUCCGUCUCCGAGAAUUCUAAAGUCUCCCAUUAUAUAAUCAACAGCAUCAGCAACAACCGGCAAUCCGGAUCAGGUCUGGCCCCUCCGCGUUUCCGCAUUGGGGACCAGGAGUUUGACGCCCUUCCUGCCCUCCUGGAGUUCUACAAGAUCCACUACCUGGACACCACUACCCUGAUCGAGCCCAUCAGCAAGGCCAAGAACUCGGGCUUCGUCAGCGCGUCCGCCGGCGCCCCCCAGAGGCUGGAGGAGGCCGAGUACGUGCGCGCCCUCUUCGACUUCCCGGGCAACGAUGACGAGGACCUGCCCUUCCGGAAGGGGGACGUCCUGCGGGUGCUGGAGAAGCCAGAGGAGCAGUGGUGGAACGCGCAGAACUCGGAGGGGCGCGCCGGAAUGAUCCCCGUGCCCUACGUGGAGAAGUACCAGCCUGCCUCCCCCACCUCGGCCGGCGGAGGCUCCUCCGGGGCGGCAGGCGGGCCGGGGGCCGCGGGGGCGGGCGGGAGCGCCGACGGACCCGGGGGUCAGCCGCCGUCGCUGGUGGGAGAGCCGGGCCAGUACGCCCAGCCCAGCGUCAACACGCCCCUGCCCAACCUGCAGAACGGACCCGUCUACGCCCGGGCCAUCCAGAAGAGGGUCCCCAACGCCUACGACAAGACCGCCCUCGCUCUGGAGGUGGGCGACAUGGUGAAGGUGACCAAGAUCAACGUGAACGGGCAGUGGGAGGGCGAGUGCAAGGGCAAGCGCGGCCAUUUCCCCUUCACACACGUACGGCUACUGGACCAGCACAGUCCCGAGGACGAGCUGAGCUGAGAUCGGCCUGCCUGGACUCCCCCCCCCCCCCCGCUGCACACACACUCAUCACACAUGCACAGACACACACGCACAUGUACACCCUCUGCGGCACCAGGUUCCAGUACUUAAGCGUUAGCCGUUAGCGUCUUCUCUAUGCGUCUUCGUCCUGGUCAUGCCCCACUGUUCUCUCUCCCUCCAGUCAAUGCUGUCGGUCUGACUGCUGAACAGCACCCUCUAUUAAAACAUGCCAUUCCAGUAUUCAGUCCCUGUAUCCACCAGGUGUUUAACACCACAACGGACUGUUCCCUGAACAAAGAAGUGUCCAUACUCGCCCCCUCAUGCAUAUAUGCAUUCCCUCUUGCUCUCUCUAUCUGUCGUACUCUAACACACUGUCACAGGCCCACACACACACACACACACACACACACCAAUAUGCUGCUUCAUCUGUAAAUUGCAUAUAUGCCCAACGCCUCGUGCAUAUUUACAUUCUCCUAUCUUUCUAUUUCUCACUCGCAGGCACACACGCAUCCACCCCCAUGUUAACCUGCUUCAUCUGUAACCUGUCCAUUCCCCAAAAGUCACGUGUACAAACACUAUUAUUCCCAGACGUGCACACAAACACCAAUCUGCUGCUUCCUUGGCAUUGUGUCUAUUGCCUACCAAUCAUGCAUACGUACUGUUUCACACACACACCCUAUAAAGAGGAUGACAGUAGUGUAUAUUUACCCCCCCCCCCCCCGCCAAACACAGUUAACCUGUUUAGAGGACUUUUAGCGAGGACGUUUAGCGCGCACAGCCACAGAGCCCGUGGAGCACAGUCUGACGGACGAACCUUCCGCAGCCCUCCUCACUGCCUCUGCAAAGGGACAGGGGGAGAGGCCCUGCUGGGGACACAAACACAGCCUCUACAGCGGCCCGAGCAAGGCCACCUCCUCAUCCACACCCCAGCAUCCACCACGACCACUGGGGGGCGCCACUCGGAGCUACAAUCAACACUACAAUCUGCACCACGAGUUUUAGAAACCAAGUUGAAUCAAGCCAAGUUCUCUCUUUUUUUGUAAUUAAGUGGAUUAGAAAAUACUAUGAUAGAAAUAUGAUAUAAAUAUAUAUUUACCAUUACAUGCUAAAAAACAAAAAAAUUACAUUUUCACCCUGUCCUUUGUUUUUUUUUGUUUUUUUUGUUUUUUUUUUGUGCUUUUUAACUCGUCGUUUUACGUGCGUUCUACGGGACGCUGGGGACAGGCCUUCUGACCCCGGUAACGUCCCGCGGGGGGAGAUUACGAGCGGGCGGGCGCGCCGCCAUGUUGGAGCUCCUCGGGGCGCAGGGUGGAAUCGGGAGCAGUGGAGUCGCGAGCGCUCGGGAACCGGACCGCUUCCUGGACAUUCACGGACGAGGAGACGCCAAGGAAAGGAUGGGAGAGCCGGGGCCAGAGGCUAAAGGACGUCCCACAGGCCCCCCCCCCCUUCCACCAGCACCAGGGUAAAAUCCCCCACCUCCCUCCCCUUCCCCGGGCUGAGGAGGCGCGGGCGGUGUGUGGCGUGACGCCCUCGGAGCCCACAGCACAGCGGGUGAUGCCAUGGCGGCUGCCCAGGCAGACCGCCUGACUCUGUUGAGAGCUUAAGUUUUGGAUCACUGUCCACUAUCCAACCAGCCCAUAUUAGCUUUGUAUUUUAAAUGUAGCUAUAUAUAUAUAUAUGUGUAUAUAUAUAUAUAUAUAUAUUUGUGUGUAUCAAAAUGAGAAACAUCGCCAGCCUGCGACAGACAGUCCUGUUUUUCAGUUAUUGAGCUAGUAGUUGUAUUUUGCCAUCACGUCUGUGUUGCAGUCAGUCCCUCUGUGUAUAUUGUUUAUUUUUAUGCAUCUCUCUCUCCGUCUCCCUCCCUCUCCCACUGUCUCUCUCUCGCUAAUUUUCUCUCUCCCUCGUUGUUUCUGUCUCCCUCCCUCCCUCCUCUCUCUC